AUGGCGCCAGGUCCUAAUCAAGAUUUCGGAUUGGUACCACGCAUUAUCAAUGGUGGUAUUGCUGGUAUUGUGGGUGUAAUUUGUGUCUUUCCCAUCGAUUUAGUAAAAACUCGUAUGCAAAAUCAAUCAAAAGCAGUUGGUCAACCACCACUCUAUAAGAACGUUGUUGAUUGCGCAAUAAAAACGUUUCGUGGCGGAGGUUUACGUGGAAUGUAUAGCGGUUCUGCAGUAAAUAUUUUAUUGAUAACUCCGGAGAAGGCGAUUAAAUUGGUUGCCAACGAUGUGUUUCGUCAAGCUUUGAAAACAAAAGACGGUUCUCUGCCCAUGCAUCGACAAAUCCUUGCUGGAGCUGGUGCUGGUACAUGUCAAAUUGUUGUAACAACGCCUAUGGAGUUACUAAAAAUUCAACGGCAAAUGGCGAAAUCUCAAAAUUCGGGUCAAGUACUCAAUGCUCGACAAAUAGCUAUGCAAUUAUACCGCGAAAAAGGUAUUGUAGGUUUAUAUAAAGGUGUUGGUGCAACAUUCACGCGAGAUGUUGUUUUCUCGAUGAUGUACUUUCCAUUAUUCGCCUAUUUCAACGAUAAGGGUAAAACUCCUGGAAGUAACACAGUACCAUUCUAUCACUCAUUUGCAUCGGGAAUCACUGCUGGUGCUAUUAGUUCUUACCUAGCAACGCCAUUUGAUGUGGUUAAAACACGUUUGCAAACAUUGGAGUAUAAGAAUAGAUACUCGGGAAUGCUCGAUUGUACCACGAAAAUCAUGCGAGAAGAAGGUCCAAGUGCAUUCUUCAAAGGUUCACUUCUGCGUGUGAUGGUCAUUGCGCCACUAUUUGGUAUCGCUCAAAUGGUUUACUAUUUAGGAAUUGCUGAGGCGAUGAUGGGCCUUAAACCACUGGGAAGUGUUAGUUAA